AAGAUAUAAAAGAUUCAAAAGAUAUAAAUAAUAUAGAUGAAGAAAUGGAAGAUAUAGAUGAGGCAAUUAGUAUAGAUAAUAAUGAUAUAGAUAAUACAGAUAAUGUAGAAAAUAUGGAAGGUGUAGAAAAUGAGGUCACUAAUAUUGUUACAAAUAAUAAUAGACUUAUUAGAAAAUCACCUGUAUGGGAUUACUUUGAUGAAGACAAUGUUGAAGGCAAAAUUGUUGCAAGAAUAUGUAAAAAAUGCAGACAAAGAUAUAGUUCAACAAUAGCCACUAGUGUUCUUAAUACUCAUCUUAAAAAUAAACAUGAUAUUAUACUUAUUUUAAAAACUAAUCAGCUAUCUUUACUUCAAAGACCCUAUGGUAGAAAUGAUACUCAAUGGAAAAAGCAAUGUUUUAAAGCUAUAUUCGAUCUUAUAAUUGGUGCACAACUUCCAUUUUCAUUUGUUGAAAACCCUUGGUUUCAUAAUUCAGUAAAUAUAUAUGAUUCAAGAUAUCAGUUACCUUCAAUUACACAUUGGAAUAGUACUUAUCAUAUGCUUUGUCAAUUUAAAAAGAUGCAUGAUGAACUUAAUCUUCUUACAACUGCAUAUCAGGAACUUAAAAAUACUUACCCUAAUGAAAAAGAGUGGAAAAUUAUCAAUAAUAUAAUUUAUUUGCUAGGACCAAUGCAUGAUGCAACAGAAAUUCUUUCUAAAAGUUUAUAUCCAAGUAUUUCUGAUGUUCGUUUAACUUUUAUAGGGUUAUUUAUUCAUAUUGAUCAAUUUAAAGCUUAUAAUUCACAUUUAGAAGCUGAAUGUUUAAUAGCAGAAUUAAUUAAAAAAAAAUUAAAUAAAUAUUGGUCUAUUCUUGAUGUUAAUGAAACAACAAAAAUAGCUUCAAUUCUUGACCUAACAUCAAAGCUAUUAACAUUUCAGCUUAAUGAUGAAAAAAAUAUUAUUCUUGCUAGUCUGUGA